AUAAUACAGGUAUGCAGCCCGACAGGUAAGUCCUAUUGAUGGUAUGCGGUCCGCCCUGAACGCGACGAUUCGGAAGGCCGAUGGGACCCAACAAGAGGCGCUCCUGAUUCUCAGGCUGGAUUGGAGGCGGAGGGGAUCCGGGACCGGGAAAGGUGUUUGAAAUAGAAAACGUGGACAUUAAAUCCGGUGAGUCAGGAUCUCAUUAGAAUUGAUUAACCCCUUAGUCAUUGUAACAUUCCUGUGAUAGAAAUUGUUACACAAUCCCAAUUCUUCUGAUGUGACGGAGAUACAAUGUAUCAAGGUACAGAGAGGAGACGACUGCAUCACAUACAAAGCUACCACCCAGGUGGGGAGACCUGAUCCCGGCAGAGGAGCUGACACUCUACGCGAGGUCAAGGACUUUCUGAACUUGGUUGCCGAUCUUCUCACCAUGCCGCCCCAUCCCGGCCUCUCCUGUGUCCUGUUGUCGAUCGUCGUGGCCCAUGGCCGAUCGUCCAUCACCGGGACCAACAAGCCCACCAUCCCACCUUUAUUUACCGAUCGCCCUUUCAUGGUGGCCUGGGCCGCUCCCACCCACUCCUGCCCGAACCGCUUCAACGUGACCCUUGACCUGCGACUCUUUGACCUGACCGCCUCGCCCAGCGAGAAUAUGGUGGACCAGAACCCCGCCAUCUUCUACCGGGAGCGACUGGGGCUCUACCCUUACUACGACCAGCUUAGCGUCUCCGUCAACGGAGGCGUGCCCCAAAACGCCAGCCUACAAGACCACCUGCUCAAGAUGGUGGACGGACUCGACAAUUACUUACUGACCGCCAACAAAAGUGGAUUGGCGAUCAUCGACUGGGAGGACUGGAAUCCCAUUUGGCUACGGAACUGGAACGCGAAGGACGUAUACAGGCAAGCUUCGCGGCGGCUGGUGGCCUCUCGUCACCCCGACUGGCCGGCCGACGACGUGAACGCAGAGGCCCAGGUUGAGUUCGAAAACGCCGCCCGCGACUUCAUGGCGGAGACGCUCCAGCAAGCCGGAAAGUUUCGCCCCCGCCAGGCCUGGGGGUAUUACCUGUUCCCGGACUGCUACAACCACGACUACCUGACCAACUGGGACAAUUAUACGGGCAAGUGCCCCGACGUGGAGAUGGCACGCAACGACCAGCUAUGGUGGUUGUGGGAGGAGAGUGACGCCCUUUAUCCCUCCAUCUACCUGGAACCCCCCCUCCAGUCUUCCAUCAACGGGCGCAAAUUUGUCCAAUAUCGGGUGAAAGAGGCCAUGAGGAUCGCUCAACAACACACGGGCUACUCGCUCCCCGUCUACGUGUACACGAGACCCACCUACAAAACCAACCUCGACCUUCUCUCCCAGAUGGAUCUCAUCUCCACCAUCGGAGAGAGCGCGGCACAGGGGGUGGCGGGGAUGAUAUUUUGGGGUGAUACGGAUUACGCCUCGGACCAGGAGACCUGCCAGAAGCUCAAGUCGUACCUGGAUGGAGAUUUGGGUCGAUACAUUGUGAAUGUCACCACCGCGGCCUCUCUUUGCAGCCAGGCGCUCUGCGGCGGGAACGGACGCUGCCAGCGCCAAGAAAACGUCACCGACGCCUUCCUGCACCUCAAUCCCGCCAAUUUCGUCAUCAUUCGGGCGCUUCCAGGGUUCAGCACCCCCGUUCCUAGGUGGGUCCAGGGCCAGCUGUCGGAAAGUGACGUCAGUGAUCUGCGUUCGCGGUUUCAGUGUCGCUGUUAUGUAGGCUGGAGUGGAACCGCCUGCAACAUCCCACCGCCAUCCACCUCGAACCCUGUGGGAGCUGCAGCGUCCCCUACAGGCCAUGUACUGGUGUGGCUCCUGAUGACCUACCUCUGGAUUUUUCAUUAAAGGCCAGGACAGUUUUAUUUUUUUUUAGGUGCUGCUGAGGACCGCGCUACGGGAGAGCCCAUCACUUUCCAAGAGAGUGUGGAGUUUAUUUUUACUCUCUAUCCUGGGAUGAAAUGGCGCUGUGUUUUCCUACCUCCUAGGUCUACACCUGCCGCUACGCAGUGUUGGGUACAAGGUCGAGCGGGUCACCUUGGAGCCCACCAGUCCCAGAACAUGUGCAAUACAAUUCUCUUCCCGUGUCCGGAGAUCCGGGAGGAUGUUUUUAACCAAUGGCCUGCCUUGUUAGAGAUCGUUGCAGUCCUUUUCUGCCCUGAUUUGGUAGCCCAGGGGUUAAUAGAGGCAAGACGCUCAGGGAAUGUACCAUUGCGCCAUUCAUGGGGCCCCCAAGAUUUACAUUGUGCCCCAUUUUAGUUGUGUGUCUCUAAGUUUUCGUUAUGAGCCUUCUAAUUUGACUGAGUGUUGUAUGAAGGAUCAAUCUGGGGAUCAAGACUUGAAAAAAAAAGAGACUAUAAAUGUUUUUGGUCCGUUUUUUGUUAUUAAUAAAAAUAAUUAUUUUUAAAUUUAUUAAAGCUGUAUGAAUAUGCACCGUC